ACUUGCUGAGAAUCAAAAGUCAGGAAGUCUCCUCUGGAUUAUGAUGUCACACUUUAGUGGCUAGAGAUUAACCGAUUAUCUGGGGCCAGGGAGUCCAGUCAGGAUUAAAUGCUCAUAGGUGGGAAGAUGUUGUCCACACGUUGUUCGGGCCAAGAAGAGCCGAGUUAAGGUGGUCUGUAACCUAUUGAAGUAAUAAAAACUGGAUUGUUGCCAUUGGAGGAUGAACAUCACAAAGUCAGCUGCUGACACCAGAUGGGGUUUGCCUAAGCAGAACUUGCUUUGAUGGUCACAACAGCAUAACAAUGACAAAGAAAGGGACCACGUUGGCCAUGAGCGCCAUCCUUCUGCUGUCUAUUGUCAUGACCUGCUGUUUCCUAUGGCAAUACAGCAUACCAAAGUUUAAGCCAGCUGUUAUGAAAGAAGCCGUAGUGGAAGAGGUCUGCCCGCGGUUUCCUGAGCCUGUCCUACUCAAACACCCGAUCCCGUCUUUGAAGAUGGCUUUGGAAAAGAUAGAUGCACUCCUGAGGUCCAGCAUCGACAGCACAGCAUUGCCAGCUAUAUCAGCCAUUGUGGUUUUAAACAACUCUGUUUUGUGGAAUGGACAUUUUGGGAAGAAGAACUUGAGCGACCCGUCCUCGCUUCCACCCGACGAGCACACAGUCUACAGGAUUGCAAGUCUCUCCAAGAUCUUCCCGACACUGAUGCUAUAUAAACUGUGGCAGGAUGGUCUGGUGGACUCUUUAGAUGAUCCCCUGGAGAAAUAUGCAGCUAACUUCACAAUAAAAAACCCAUUGGGGAACAGCCAGAGACCAGCUUCCUCUUCAGCCAGGCCCCUCAGCAGCCGCUUGCCUGCAGUCACCCUGCGCAGAAUGGCCAGUCAGCUGUCUGGUUUACCCAGAAGAUUACGUUCAACUGAUCUUCUUUGGAAUGGAGAUACAAAAGCAGCUCUGAAUUUGUUACGGGAUGAUGUCCUUGUGGUCGAUCCAGGCACCAAAUGCCACUACAGCAACGUUGCCUUUUCCUUACUCGCGGACAUCCUGGCCCAAGCCGUGGCUGGCUCAGACUACGAGAGAUGGGUUUCCGACAACAUUUUAAAGCCUCUCAGAAUGUACGACACCGGCUUUAAUGUGACCUCUGACAUUCAGAAGCAGAUGGCUGUGGGUGUUUAUAGUAACGGCCAGCCAGCUCCCCUUUACAACCUUGGAUGGUACCGGCCAGCAGGUCAGAUGUUUUCCACAGCGGCUGACAUGGCCAAGUUAAUGAUGGCUCUUCUGGGUGCAAAUACUAAAAGCUUCCUCGCCCAGGACACUCUGAACAUAAUGCUGAAUCCAGUUUUCAAGUGCCAGAGUAGUUAUUUUGCCAAAUCCACCGGCACACCGUGGGAGAUCAACGAGCAGCUGGGCUAUGAUGUGGUGAGGAAGGAUGGCGACAUGGAUGGAUUUGCUGCCACCCUCUCUUUGGUUCCACGACUCAAGCUGGGACUGGUGGUCCUAAUGGCUGGAGUAAGGCCAGCAGACGAGGUCAUAGUACCUCUUGCAAAUGGGCAUCUCAUUCCUGCGUUGGAGAGGGCUUUCAGGGAGGCUCAACAAACAUUCAGAUCUCCACCCGACCCAGCCCCUUAUACAGGCUUUUAUACUUACAGGAACAUGACUUUCUUUGAGAUCCAGACAGAUUCAGCUGGGGUUCUGCUCAUGAAACAGCUUAAACCAUUGAAAGAAAAAAUUGGAUUUCGCUCCUACAAAACUACCAAGCUUGAUUACCUUCAACACAGGGUGUUCAGGGUAGUGCUAGAGAGCCCAUACCCCUGCAACAUGAAGACCAACAAUGCCUCAGCUUCCAUGGAGGCUCAAGACAGACAGCUUCUUAACUUCUACCGUUUCAACAAGCAAGGUGUGUCUCCAGGAUUUGACUCUCCUGGUCUUAACACUUACAGGGUGACCAGAAUAGCUGGGAGACCAUACUUCACUUAAUGUAAUGAGUUUUAGCUUUAAAUUAAGACCAAAAAAAGUGAGAAGACCUACAAAGGUACAGGAGGACAUCUGUUGGGAAAAAAUGCUGAGGUUGGAGCAGAAAGGAGGCCUUAUGGAAGAGCAGAGGAGAACUGUGGAUGUAGUGAAGGUGGUGAAUGAAGAGGUUGCAGACGAAGGCAGAUGAUGGGUUGUGGCGCCCCCUAAAGGGAACAGACAAAGAGCCAAGGAGACAAAUCUGCAAAGGGUUUUGCUGUUUGUCAGCAGACAUCUUGAAGCCUGUGCAGUUUUCAGCCAUCAAGGUCUUUGCAUUUACGUUGAGUGAUUUAGCUGGCUCAUCUUCCAAAGGGACUAACAGUCUGGUGGCAGUUGUGGGAUGCUGGGAUUUGAACCAGCGACUUCCAGGUGGGCAGACAGCUGUGUAAUGCGGAAUUAAAUGUCAAAGUCAACUCAACUUUCUUAGUUGAUUUGCCACGUCUUUCUAAAUGUCUGUAGUUGUACAUGAUAAAGUUACAAUAUUGAUGGGCUAAAAACACAUAUUUGGAAUUCUCCUUUAUUAGUUAGCAAAAUGUUUAUUUAAGGUUUAAAAAGUCCUCGGGCUAAAUUGUAUUAUCAAAGUGAGAUGAGUGGCUGAAAGCUGAUCUACUUUACUUGUUUUUGUCUCUGGCUUUAACUAAGGACCAGCAACAGACAUACGGAGUGUUGACAUGUUCUAUCAAAGAAAAAGACGAGCUGAGGCGGGGCCAGUUCACAGCUCCAUGAUAACAGAAGACCAAGAGGAAACGACAUCAGUAUUGAGUUAGCGUCUUCACCUGGGACUCAAUAAAUAAUGGAUUAGAUUUAUGCUUUUUUCAGACACUCAAAGUGCUUACAAUGUGUCCAUUAUUAUAUUCACUUCUCAUUCAUACUUGGUGAUAACAGAGGCAUGCUGUCAAUUCGCACCAGUGGAGCCACACUGAGGUGUCUUACCCAAGGACGCAACGACAGUUGCCUGGGGGAGCGGGGAUAAAAAUGAACCCUUUGAUCAUUGAACGACCAGCUCAACCCAAAAAAACCCCAAGAAGGUACAAGAGGCAGAAAAUGGGAUUCAUGACCAAAAGAAUUGUUAAUUUUUGUUUCAAUUCCGACAACCUUUCAGCUAUCCUUUUCAGAGUAGGCUCUGUGGAUUCAAAUGUGACUGACAUGAACAAAAUCAAACUCCACAAACAUUACAACUUUCUUCAGGCAGGAUCUUCUGAUGGUAAUGAGACAUUUCUAUUAAAUUAAAAGAAAAAGAAUCUCUUUAUGUCUGGGAUCCUUUAAUAAACUACCACUCUAUCACUUUGAAACCUUUUCUUUGUUUUAUAUAGGCAUCUAAUGAGUGUUGAUUUUAUGUCCACAAACAAGUGUUUCCAAUCUACGCCCAGCAAACAGUGCAGGACAUGGGAGCCCUUUUACAAAUAUGACUGACAAACGUUCAGGCUGUCCCACACAGCCUUAUUAAAGCUGUCAAAACCAUGAGGUCGCAUCUGUUUUGUCCUGUAAUAAAAGAACUUAUUUUUGCCAGUCA